AUGGCUUUCCACUACAGUAUUCCGGUCCCCGUGUUGCACGUGAUUCCAAUAAUCUACGUUCUACCUGUGUUAAAUCCGGAAACAAUAAACAGUCAAAUUAAUAAAGAACUUAUAGCUGGCCGGGUUGCUGGACCAUUCAAUGAGCGUCCACUACCAAACUUAAUUGUAUCCCCGAUUGGUCUGGUUCAAUACACCAGUUUCGAUCAGGCAAUCAAAAUGAUUCAAGAUCUAGGUCAGCACUGCAAACUAUUUAAAUCCGAUAUUAAAAGUGCUUACCGUCUGAUACCUAUUAAACCUUCAGAUUUUGAGUUGCUUGGUUUUCGUUAUAAUGAUAAGUUUUAUUUCGAUAAGGCACUUCCGUUUGGAGCAUCUAUAAGCUGCAGAACCUUUGAAAGAUUUUCAAGAUUCUUAGAAUUUCGCAUUACAUUUAAUUUUGAAUCGGGGAAAUUAAUUCACUAUUUAGAUGAUUUUUUGGGAGGUGAUACGUCGAUGGACUCUUGCAAUAGGGCAUUGCAAAUAUUUAGAGAAACAAUGUCGGAGUUAGGGGUACCCCUAGCCGAAGAUAAGACCGAGGGGCCCACGGAAAGCCUCGUUUUCCUCGGCCUCGAGUUAGAUUCAAACAAAAUGUUUCUAUCUCGAUUCAGGGAGUUGGCACCGGAAGCAGACCUUAACCCUUGCAAGGUUCCAGAAAUUCUAUGGAACGAAUUCAGUCUAGAGUUGUACAACUGCUACAAUCGGGACUAG